AUGAUGCGUCGCACUUUAGAGCGUAGCCAGCAGCUAGAGCAAAGACAGAAGCGAUGGUCUUGGGGAGGAGUAGGAUCUCCAGGAGCUGGAUCCAGAGAUGAUAGCCCCCACAAGACCAAUUCCACGUCGACGCUCAGCCCAAGUGGAGACAAUCUGAAUACAGCCGGCAUCUCCAGCUCACCAGGAGAGACAAAAGGGACACUGGCAUCAGAACUUCAACAGACAGAGAAAGUGAAAAAAGAUAAGAGACAGCUAUCCCCUGGGUCAGUGACGUCCACACUCCGAAGAUCUCAAUCUCCAGCAAACAUGUCCAAGAGGUCAUCUUCACCUGCAAUGAAGGCCAGUUCAAAGAUUCGAACCCGGUCUCCCAGCUCUGGCAAAGAAUUCUCACCAUCUCCAACGUCCAGCAGCAAGUCCUCUCCCAUGAGGAGACGCCCAUCUUCUAAUAACAUUGCAGGAAGUAAAAAAAAGAGCAAAGAGCAGGGGGAUCUGGCACGGCAGAAAUCGGAGGAGGCUGCAGGGGGCGAGAUUAAAUCGCCAGAGGUAGCUGAAAGGGAGGCUCCAGUGACAACUCCAGUCAAAGAACAUGAGAAGAAGAAAGCUGCUGUGGGUGAAGACACCUCUGCUACUAAAACCAUGGCAGGAACAACUAACCCAGAAGAAGCAGCUAAACUUCUAGCAGAAAGACGAAGACAUGCACGGCUGCAGAAGGAGAUUGAGGAGAAGGAGAGGCUAGAGCAGGAGGAAGCCGAAAGGAAACUGAGGGAAGAGUUGCAAAGAAAGGAAGCUGAAGAGAAAGCUCGUCGUGAAGAAGAGGCUCGCAAGCUUGAAGAGGAGCAAAGACAGCAGGAGCUGGAACGCCAGAGGAAGGCAGAAGAGGAAAGGAUCUUCAGAGAACAGCAAGAGAAAGAACUGCAGGCCAGACUUGAACAGCAGCGUGAAGAAGCUGAGACCAGGGCUCGUGAGGCAGCUGAACGCCAGCGACUGGAACGGGAGCAGAUCAUUCAGCAGAUCGAACAGGAGCGGAUGGAGAGAAAGAAGAGAAUAGAAGAGAUCAUGAAAAGAACCAGACGAAGUGAUGCUGGAGAAAUCAAGAAAGAAGAAACCAAAGCAGAAAUUGAGCCCAACACGAAUGGGGAAAAGGAGCUUCAAACCGCAGCCCCUGUGAAACAAGUGGAGGUCAGCAAAGCAUUGGUCAGUUUGGAGGACAAGCAGCAGGAGGAAGCUCACUCUCCGGUAGCCCCGGCUGAGACUGUGCCCGAGCUGGAGGCAGUCACUGGAACCGAGCAAGCGGAUAUUGUGGACGAGCAGCCUAAUAGUGCGGACGAAUCGACAGAUGAGCUGCAGUCUAUGGAUGUGAGCCCUAUGUCAAAGGACGAUGGUAUUUCUAUCCCUGAGUUCUCCCCACUCAAUGAGGUGAGCCAUGUUGUUGAACUGGAGAAGGAGCAAAAUGGGUUGAGUGACGCCCAGGCAGUUGAAGAUCUCAUCGACCUGACGGUUCAUUCAACCUACACCAAGUUACCCCAGGACACGAUGAGCUUGGAUGACUGUAACAAGAACUUGAUUGAAGGGCGGUGCAUUUCGAUGGAGAACCCUCUUAUCACUUCACUGACUAAAUCUGUUGAGGAAACCCAUAUACAAACAUCAGCAGAGUUCUGAACAAUAAGGUAGGAUGCAAAAAACUUGCUUCAAUCAGUCCAACAUCACUAUGAUCCCGAAGACUGCGUUACCUUAAGAAGAUUCAUGUAGCCUUUAUGGACAUGUUGGAGUAACUAACAGUGAUCCUUCACGCAACAGUUCAAAUCAUCCGUAUUAAAUGCAGAUCUUUCUUUUUUAACAAAUAUGAUUCUGUAAAUGUUGUCCCUGGCCAGAGUGGUCAGUUAGAACAACAGCCUUGAGCGUCAUUCAUCCUGCAAUUAAAUUACUACAGUGAAAGCUCACUCAUGUUUACUGUGAUAACAAUUUCUAAUAAUCCCUCUAUCAGUCAGAUGAAAUGUUACCCACAUUUUAAGAUAGAUGUGAAUCUCAAUGAUAAUUACGUAGCUUUUGCUGGCUUCUCCUAUUUCUUGGUGUUUUUUUAACGUUAAUAUUGAAACCUACUUAGUGAAUUUCCCCAGAGAAGUGUUUGUUCAAUUGCAGUUUGAAUGGUUCUUGCAGUAAUGCACAGUAUGGAUUAAGGGACAUUGUAAAAUGUGUUUUAGAAAACUCAGGUAUUCUUCCGUGGUAACUGAAUGUUAAUUUUGAAGUGGAUGUUAAAACUGUUUUAUUAUGAUUCUGAAAGCAUUAUUGCACCAUACUUAUAGUUUUUUUUUUAUAAAUGAAUGUUUUCCAUAACCGGGAACUAGAACCUUUCUUAAUUUCUAUGGUAAAAUGGAUUUGCACAACCCUUCUCAUCUUCAGUUGCUAAGUUAGUAUUAAGUAUCUAAGUGCAGUAUUAUAUUUGGUUUACUGCUAUUUAUAGACCUUUAAGAUCAAAUGUCCUUAAAACAACACAAUAUUGUGCCUCUUGUGAAAGCACUACAUUAGCCAAAAGCAAAGCAUAUUUUGCUGCAACCUGCCACCUAGUAAGUCUUUUUUGAAAAGUUGAGCCACCCACUUGUGAGAAAUCAGACUUACAAGCCUGCAAUAAAAGACUUGACAGCUGCAAUGAGCUCCCAAGAAGGCAAAUCUGACUUCAAAUUGUACAAUCAAGUAUACAAAGAAAUGUAAACGGGCACCUUUAAACGUGCUCUUGUUACAUUAAGCAUUGUGCUGCAAAGGAGUUUCCUUAGCCACUGUGGAAGACAACAGUUGGUCUAGUUUGCAGCGAGCACUCUGUCUGAGGUACUUAUGUGCUUUACAAUCACCCUGUGAAGUUCAAAGAGGAUAGUAGUAUAGUUAAAAUACACCAAACAGUAUAAUCAAUUAUGUAGGUUUGAUGUUAAUCCUGUAAUUGUAAUUUAUUCCUAAAAGGUAACCAAACAUAUUUGUAGAUACAGAUUGGGUUGUCAACACUGCAGGGGUUGUCCUAGAAUCUGCAGGAAUUGAGAAGAUUAAUCUUCUGGACACAACUGCGAGAAAAACCCAGAAGAAAAGUCACAGGGAUGUGAAAAAUAUUGCAGUUAAUCUUCAUAAAAUGUGGGAGAUGGGAAAGUGACUGCUUGCCUGAACAGGUCAGGUGAUGCAACCAACAGGAGACUACGUGCAACCAGAGUUAGCAACCCUAGGCCCAAAACUUUCAGCCAAAGCAGCUGAUCAGGUACCUCACGUCCCUCACCCCGAUUUCCUCUGUAGAGGUUGUAUCUACACAGAAUGACUGACAAUCCCACCUUUUUGAUGAUGGGGAGCUCCUAAUUUCACUCUGUUCUUUUCUUAUGUUUGCUUUUUGCUGCAAAAACUACCUGAUGAUAAUUGUAGAUAGUUAACUAUGGGUGAGGAAACCAGAGUAGACAGUCCAUAAGAGUUUGUGAAUGAAAACAGAAUGAUCAAAUGUAAAGCAAACACUGGCAAGUGAGGUACAGAGCACAAAGGAGGAUGUGUAUUUUAGCAGAGUGGAUGCCUGGCUUUGUCCUCAAUGGUAGCACAGGGUGUAGGUGCCUUGCAUGUAGGGCUUGGUUAGGCAGGCCUCAUCUGUACAAACCAGGUGCCACUGACUUUCAAGGCCUAUUGGAUAAUCUGUGUUCUCCACAGUAUUCAGACAAUUCUGUAGGGUUGGUUGCCUGUCACUGAAAAAUUCUCAGCUGUUCAUCACCAAGAAAAGCAGUGCGUUUCUUUUGGGAAAUCUAAAUGUGUAUGUGGCCAAAUCUACACCGCUGGCUUAACCUCUCACGAAACAGCUGUCUAUUGGCUUCUGUAGGGUAGAAUAACCUGCAUUUCAGUGCUUAUUAGGACAAUGCCUACUACACUAUUGCUAAUUGUGUGUGGCAUACACAUACACACACACACGGGUCGUGUUGAUUCAAUGCACUAAAUUGAUCCAUUCUGUCAAUGGAUUGUCAACACCAUGAAGUUUGCAUGCACGUUAGAGUCUGUACAAAUGAUCUCAUUUCAAGAUGCCAUGUACCACUUUCGCUGAACACUAACACCUUUGCCUGUGUACAAUAGCUUGUGUAGUUGCUGAUGCGCUGAAUACUCCUGUCAUAAUGCACAGCAUGUGUGUGUAAUGCAUCAAUAAAUUUUUAUUCAAAA